AUGCUUAAUACGUCGCCGAUUAAUAUUGACAAAUGGCUAGUCGAAAAUGGCCACCUAUUGCAGCCUCCUGUUAACAAUUAUUGCCUUCACAGAGGUGGAUUUACGGUUAUGAUUGUAGGAGGACCCAAUGAACGCACAGACUAUCAUGUGAACCCUACGCCGGAGUGGUUCCACCAGAAAAAAGGCUAUAUGACCCUGCGGGUUGUGGAUGAGAGUCUUGAAGGCCAAGCCAGGUUUAAAGACGUCACGAUUCAGGAAGGUGAUUCUUUUCUGCUGCCUGCUAAUGUCCCGCACAAUCCUGUUAGGUACGCCGACACGGUGGGAAUUGUAGUCGAACAGGAUAGACCGGAGGGCCAACACGAUAUGUUGCGGUGGUACUGCUCGCAUUGCCAGGCCGUGGUGUGCCAGUUCGACUUCCAGAUGGUGGACUUGGGCACCCAGGUCAAAGAGGGCAUUCAAGCCUUUGACAGCGACCUGAAGUACAGAAUGUGCAAGAAUUGCGGCACCGAGAACUUUUCAAAACCUCAAUAG